GAAACAAAGUUAUCGUUCAACUUUCAAAUAAGUUCAAAAAUUAGCUCAACUGAUCGCUAAACAUUCGUUCAGAGUAAAAAUUACACUGUUACAUUGUUCUCUAGUCAAGAUAAUAACUACAAUGACUCGAUAAAUUCAUUGAUCGCAUUCAAAACCGGUGAAAAAUUCACUGAGAGCAAAACGAACAGUUUAUUACUUGCUUGACUGAAUAGCGAACAGCAAUAAGUAUACAGUGUUGGAAAAAGUUUACUGAUUAGUACCAAAUGUUCGAUUAUUAGUGUUAAUCAUUUUGGGUGUUGUCUUCGAAGCGGUGAAAAUAUGUCUCGUGAUCGUGCUAGUAAAAGGUUCUAUCGAGUUGAUAGCAAUUACGAUCUGCUACGGUUUCUUGAUCGAGGAGAAGUUGCUGCGUACCAAAAUCGAUGGACUUUCGAAGUAGCGUGGGAAGUUGCCAACAAAGUUGGCGGAAUCUAUACCGUUUUACGAUCCAAAGCUCUGGUAUCUACCGAAGAACUAGGCAAUCAGUAUGUACUCCUUGGACCUUAUAAAGAACACUGUGCCAGGACCGAAGUCGAAGAAACAGAGUUUCCUUUCGAUUCUCCGUUAUAUAAAGCAGUAUCUAUAAUGAGAGAUCAAGGAUAUAAAAUCCAUACAGGAACUUGGUUAGUCGAUGGUAAUCCUCUAGUAAUCUUGUUCGAUAUUGGAUCAGCUGCUUGGAAAAUGGACGAGUAUAAACAAGACCUCUGGAACGGUACGAAUAUCGGUAUACCUCAUUUAGACGUCGAAGCUAACGACGCUGUGAUUCUGGGUUAUCAAGUAGCUCAUUUUAUUCAACACUUUUACAAAGAAGCCAAAGAAUACGCCGACUCAGAACCUCGAAUCGUUACUCAUUUCCACGAAUGGCAAGCUGGUAUUGGUUUAAUAGCUCUAAGAACGUGGAAGGUGCCUGUAGCGACAGUUUUCACUACUCAUGCUACGUUACUAGGACGUUACCUGUGUGCCGGAAACACGGAUUUUUAUAAUAAUUUAAAAAGCUUCAGCGUCGACGAAGAAGCAGGCAAACGUCAAAUAUACCAUCGUUACUGUAUGGAACGAGCUGCCACUCAUCUAUGCCACACUUUCACCACAGUCUCCGAGAUAACCUCCUACGAAGCUGAAAAUUUGCUCAAACGAAAACCAGACGUAAUUACUCCCAAUGGUCUCAACGUAAUCAAGUUCUCGGCUUUGCACGAAUUUCAAAAUUUACACGCGACUGCCAAAGAGAAAAUCCACGAGUUCGUUCGUGGACAUUUUUACGGCCACUAUAAUUUUGAUUUGGAAAAGACUCUGUAUUUUUUCACUGCCGGUCGAUACGAGUUCAGUAAUAAAGGAGCUGAUAUAUUUAUCGAAUCGUUAGCCAGACUGAAUCAUUACUUAAAGGCUGCUGGCUCAGAUAUCACUGUGGUCGCGAUACUUAUAUUCCCAGCCAAGACAAAUAAUUUCAACGUUGAGAGCUUAAGAGGACACGCUGUAACCAAAAGUUUACGAGAUGCAUUGCACGAGAUACAAAUUAAAAUGAGUAAAAGAAUGUACGAGAUUUGUCUCAGAGGUAGAAUGCCAGAUCCUGAAGAACUGCUCAUGAAAGAUGACAAAGUACGAAUUAAACGUUGUCUGUACGCUCUACAACGCGAUGGAUUACCUCCGAUUACCACUCACAAUGUAGUCGAUGACUGGAGUGAUCCCAUAUUGAGUUCUAUUCGAAGAUGCCAUCUUUUCAAUACCGUCCAUGAUAGAGUCAAAGUUGUCUUCCAUCCUGAAUUCUUGAGUUCAACGAAUCCCUUAUUUGGUCUAGACUACGAAGAAUUCAUUCGAGGCUGCCAUCUUGGAGUAUUUCCCAGCUACUACGAACCUUGGGGAUAUACUCCAGCUGAAUGCACUGUUAUGGGUAUUCCAUCCAUUACAACGAAUCUAUCCGGUUUUGGAUGCUUCAUGCAAGAUCACAUAGCAGAUCCGAUGAGCUACGGAAUCUAUGUCGUAGAUAGAAGAUAUAUCGGUCUAGAAGACUCCAUUAGACAACUAGCUCAAUACAUGUUCGAUUUUACACGUUUAUCCAGACGCCAAAGAGUCAUACAACGAAACCGUACCGAACGUUUGAGCGAUUUAUUAGACUGGAGGAACUUAGGAUCGUUUUACAGGCUAGCGAGAGCUAAAGCCCUGCAAAAUGUAUUCCCUGAUUUUAUCAUGGAUGAUGAAGAAGAAAUCAUUAAAGCGAAGAAUUUCAGAUACCCUAGACCGUAUUCCGAACCUCCAUCGCCUAGCAGUAGCCGUCCUACUACUCCUGGUACAUCGAUACGCGGAUCAGACGAUGAAGAAGAUGAAAUCGAUGAUGAGAAUGAACUCGCUGAACUUUCAUUGAAUGGAGCCAGUCGUUGAUUUUAAGUCAAAAUUUAUAAACUUUCUUUUAUGUGCCAUAGAGUGCUACGUCAAGUGCUCCUCGUAUUUUUUUUCAUCAAACUGUGAGCGUGUUUGUUUUUAAUUAAACGAUAAGUUUUAAAUAGUAAUUUGAAGACAAUAAAUAUUUUCAUUAAUUUAUUUAUACAAAA